AUGACGACGCGCCGGGCGGCGAUGGUCCGCGGGCUGGCGACCGUCGCGCCUUUUCACUUGGCCGUGCCCGUGCACAGCCUCGCGGAAGCACAAGCCUUUUACGGUGGCAAGCUCGGCUUUACUGAAGGCCGGUCGUCGGCGCAUUGGCAGGACUACAACAUGCUCGGGCAUCAGCUGGUCAUCCACGCGGUGGGCCCCGAGUACCGCGGGCGCGACUACCACAACCCCGUGGACAUGGACGACGUCCCCGUGCCCCACUUUGGCGUGUGCUUGACGGUCGACGAGUUCCACGCGCUCGCCCAGCGAGUCCAAGCGGCGGCAAUCCCGUUCGUCGUGCAGCCGCAUCUGCGCUUUGAAGGUCGUCCGGGAGAGCAGUGGACCAUGUUCUUCAAGGACCCGAGCAACAACAACCUCGAGUUCAAGGCCAUGACCAACCCUGCCAACCUCUUUGCCAAGUACGUUGAAAAGUAG